AUGGCGGCGGCAUCCGCAUCAGGGUCGGAGAACAUGGCCCUUGAAAUAAUUGAAGACAAACUAAGGGACCUAACGACUUCCAUGGUAACAGGGGUUGAUCUUCAGACACUUACAGCCACCAUACAAGAAACAAUGCGAACGGAGGUGGCGGGGAUCCGCAUGGAGGUAGCUGAGCAAGCAGGCCGAAUUACCGCGACGGAGGAGGCGAUCGCGGCCCUCACGACCCAUGUGGCAUCCACUGACACAGCGGUGACACGCCAAGGCGAGAUGCUGCUCUCCUUGCAUCGGCAUCUUGAAGAUGUGGAUAAUAGGGGCAGGAGAUGCAAUAUCCGCGUACACGGAGUACCAGAAACAGAAGGAGAAGAAAACGCCGAAAAGGUACUUACGGAACUCUUCUAA